CUCUCAGCUCUACCCUACAGCCUCUCACACUUUCUUCAGUCUUCUCCUCUUCAGGAACCAUGUCUAGCAAAUCCACCAUGAGGAGCCAAAGCAUCGGCCACCGUGGCUUUAGUGCCAGCUCAGCCAGAGUCCCAGGGGUCUGCCGCUCUGGCUUCAGCAGCGUCUCCGUGUCCCGCUCCAGGGGCAGUGGUGGCUUCGGUGGAGUGUGUGGAGGAGCCGGCUUUGGCAGCAGGAGCCUCUAUGGCCUGGGUGGCUCCAAGAGGAUCUCCAUCGGAGGGGGCAGCUGUGCCAUCAGUGGCGGAUAUGGGGGCAGAGUUGGAGGUGGCUUUGGCUAUGGAGGUGGAGCCGCAAGUGGAUUUGGUUUUGGUGGUGCAGCUGGGGGUGGCUUUGGGCUCGGUGGUGGACCCGGCUUUGCUGGUGGCUAUGGGGGCUCUGGCUUCCCUGUGUGCCCCCCUGGAGGCAUCCAAGAGGUCACCGUCAACCAGAAUCUCCUCACUCCUCUGAACCUGCAAAUCGACCCCACCAUCCAGCGGGUGAGGACUGAGGAGCGGGAGCAGAUCAAGACCCUCAACAACAAGUUCGCCUCCUUCAUCGACAAGGUGCGGUUCCUGGAGCAACAGAACAAGGUCCUGGACACCAAGUGGACUCUGCUCCAGGAGCAGGGUACCAAGACCGUAAGGCAGAACCUGGAGCCCUUGUUUGAGCAGUACAUCAACAACCUCAGGAGACAGCUGGACAGCAUCCUGGGGGAGAGGGGCCGCCUGGACUCAGAGCUGAGGAACAUGCAGGAUACAGUGGAGGACUUCAAGAACAAAUAUGAAGAUGAAAUCAACAAGCGCACAGCAGCAGAGAAUGAAUUUGUGACUCUGAAGAAGGAUGUGGAUGCUGCCUACAUGAAUAAGGUUGAACUGCAAGCCAAGGUAGACACUCUCACAGAUGAGAUCAACUUCACCAGAGCCUUGUAUGACGCAGAACUCGCUCAGAUGCAAACCCACGUCUCUGACACUUCUGUGGUCCUGUCCAUGGACAACAACCGUAACCUGGACCUGGACAGCAUCAUCGCUGAAGUCAAAGCCCAAUAUGAGGAGAUCGCUCAAAGGAGCCGGGCUGAGGCUGAGUCCUGGUACCAGAGCAAGUAUGAGGAGCUGCAAAUCACAGCAGGCAGACACGGGGAUGACCUGCGCAACACCAAGCAGGAGAUUUCUGAGAUCAACCGCAUGAUCCAGAGGCUGAGAUCCGAGAUCGACCAUGUCAAGAAGCAGUGUUCCAGCCUGCAAACGGCCAUCGCUGACGCAGAACAGCGUGGAGAGCUGGCCCUCAAGGAUGCACGGGCCAAGCUAGUGGACCUGGAGGAGGCCCUGCAGAAGGCCAAGCAGGACAUGGCCCGGCUGCUUCGCGAGUACCAGGAGCUCAUGAAUGUCAAGCUGGCCCUGGAUGUGGAGAUCGCCACCUACCGCAAGCUGCUGGAGGGCGAGGAGUGCAGGCUGAGCGGAGAGGGCGUUUCUCCAGUUAACAUCUCUGUGGUCACCUCCACCGUUUCCAGUGGCUACGGCGGUGGAAGCAGCAUUGGAGGCGGAAGCCUUGGUCUCGGCGGGGGCAGCGGCUACUCCUUCACCACCAGCACUGGGCACAGCCUGGGUGCGGGCCUGGGCAGCUCCGGCUUCAGCGCCAGUAGCAGCCGGGGCCUCGGGGGCAGUGGCUCCGGUGUCAAGUUUGUCUCCACCACAUCCUCCAGCCGGAAGAGCUACAAGCAUUAA